AUGGCUAAGUUGCACCUACGUACGGCUGACAUGCAGCUCAUGGGACCUGGACUGGUGACUGCAGCAACAGCAGAAGCAGCAGGAGGAGGAGAACGGGGAGGGGAGGAGGAGGAGAGGGAGGAGGAGGAGGGGGAGGAGGAGGAGGAGGAGGAGGAGGAGGAGGAGGAGGAGGAGGAGGAGGAGGAGGAGGAGGAGGAGGAGGAGGAGGAGGAGGAGGAGGAGGAGGAAGAGGAGGAGGAGGAUGAACGAGCAUGA